AUGGCAAGCACAGAGGAAGUGUCACAGGAACGAGCCGAGAAUUCCAUUCAGGUGUCCAUGACGAAAAAGCCAACCUUCUAUGCUCGUAUCGGAAAAAGAAUGUUUACCGGAAAUGAGGAAAAAAGCCCAUUCGACGAAGUUAUAAUAACAGGUUUGGGCAGCGCCACCAAAAUUGCAAUUGGUGCAGCGUCCAUAAUGGAAAAGGAAGAUAUAGGACAAAUCAUCAAAAUUGAAACGGCCUACUUUAGCUCAGAUCGAAUCAACAGGAGGAUACCGAAAAUAACAAUCGUUCUGAAGAAACACCCAGAUUUUGUCGCAAGUUAA